AUGAAUAAAGAGAAAGCUGAAGGAAGAAGUAGAGCCAGCGAACGAUUAAGAGCAGCUGGAAUAACUGGUGGAAAAAAACAAACAAGCAAAGAGCCAAUAGUUCUCAACAAUGACGACGAGGCUGUGAAAAGGUUAGAACCAAAGAAGAAAUGGAGAAAGGAAGUAGUAGAAGAAAGAGAAGGGCAAGAUGAACAACAUGGGGGAAAGGAUGAACAAGAUAGUAAUGAAUAUGAAGAGGAAGAAGAGAAGCUUGAAGGAACAUGUGAAAAUGUGCACGACGAAAGCAAAGACAAUGAAGAAGAACAGUCACAAAGUCGUGGGGAAACAACACAAUCAGAAAAGAGAUCAUCUAGUGGAGAGUUGGACAAGAAGAUGGAAACAACGAAAGGAAAGAAAGUAAUCAUCUAUGGAAUGGAUAUAUGUGAGCUUGAAAUUUGUCCAUUACUUGCAACCCCACAUGAAAUGACUAUGCCAUAUUUUGCCCCAUUUAUUGAGGAGGAAAAAAGGGUGUUGCAAGAGGUCGAAGAAGAAAUGAGCAAAUAUAGACCGAAGGAGAGAGUGAUCGAAAAGGAACUCGAUGGUAUUGAGAAAGAACAAGAAGAAAAAGAAGAAGAGAAUGAGUUGGUUGAUGGUUCUAAUGCUUCUACAAUGGUUCAAAGAAAAGAUGACGAUGAGGACGAAGAAGGCAAUGGAAACAAUGAUCAUGGACUGAAAAUACAAUCAGUAGUACACAAAGAAACAUGCCAUGGAGAUAAAAACAAAGAGUUCGAAGAAAAAGGAAGUAAAGAAACAGAGGUCAAGGUGGAAAUGACUGAUAAGCUUUACAACAUUGAUGAAAAUAACCCUACUACAAGGAUCAUACUCAAACAUUUAAACGUAACUAAGCAAGAGUUGAUCAUGAUGGCUAACCAAGAGGAGGAGAGAAGACCAAAGCAAUGGGAACUAAAAAGGAAACUACCAAAAGUGAAUGAUGCGAGUCCACCAAUGAAGGCAUAUGGAUAG